AUGGGAAUGACACUUCUACCAACGACACCAGAAGCGGCCACAGCUAUUGAUGUCACGGCAGACGUCACUCAGGCAGGAGAACUCGACCUUGGGUUUGACGGCGACGUCUUCUUUAGCCUUUAUUUGAAGAAAGAAGGACCGCUCGGUGCAGCGACCCAGCCAAUUCCUCAGUCUCCAACGUAUCGAGCUCGCGCAGAGAAAGGUAUCGCAGUUGCACGGCUUGUUCUCGAAACUGCGGGAGAGGUGGCUGUCAGGAUUUACUGUGGCAGCUGCGUUUCGACUAUUACCCACUUUUUCGCUGUUACUGAGUUGACUGCUAGGAGACUUGUUGUCAGUCGACAGCCCUCUCCUAGUGUCGCCGGCGUCCCUCUGCCUGUCCAGCCUGUGGUCACCGUAGUACAGGCGGAUGGCUCGCCUGCUCGUGGACGAGUUGUUCUCGUGGCAACGCUUCUUGUCCGUGGUAUACAGCCCGAACUGAAAGCGCAUGCACUGCUAGGAACAAAGACCAUUGAGACGACCGAAGAUGGUGUUGGCGUAUUCGAGGACUUGGCUGUGUCUCUCGUUGGCGACGGGUUCUUUCUCGGGUUUGCCUUAGCUGAGCCAUACUCUUCAUUCCCUCCCACCUUCACUUGGCCGUUCGCGAUUGAGCACGGACCAGCUUCUGGCCUGCGGUUUGCUAUUGAGCCGCCUGCUGAAUUUUUGCCAGGUGAACAAUUUUCUGUGUCGAUCGACAUUGUUGACGCGUGGGGGAAUAGCGUGUCUGGCACCGUGGAGGACACAGACGGCAACCCAGCAGAGAUUACGCUUGGUCUCGCCGGGACCAGUUCCAGCUCAACGUCGCUCCGUGGCGUGCUCGCGCGCGAAGCAACAGGAGGACCUCUGCUGUUCGACAGUCUCGCAGUAACUGGCAUUUUAAAAGGAGAUCUGCAGCUUGAGGCUUCCUGCGUUAAAUGCAAGCUCGUUCCAGUGCAAUCACGAAUCUUCAAGAUAUCUUUGACAAAUAUUGCACGCAUUUCAAAAUGCCCACUUCUCUACGAAGAUGCAGCAGUCUCUACAGAGGUUCCAUCACCAUCUUCCGUCCAAGGCACGUAUGGUUUCAGUUUUAACACUUGCGUGUACCGAAUAACGCUGCUUGCCGACAAAAUGCAAUUGCUUGCUCCAAAGCAUGACGUCACCGUUACUAUUGCGGGCGUUGAAUUGAAAGAUCCUGUACCCGGUUUACAAGGAGAAAUGCUGCCGGAGGAACGAAUUCGCGUUACGCCAAGGACGCUGACGUUCUCUCCAUCGAACUACCAUAUUCCUCAGGACGUUCUUCUCGAGGUUGUAGACGACAACGAAAUCGUCGCCUCCAUCGAACUGACAAACAUUGCAGACGAGCUCUUUGUGGGCGACUAUAUCAUUCACCACACGAUGAGUUCGGCCGAUACCAUAUGGAACGAUGGAAAUGUAAAAUGGCAAAUCGAUAGCGGCGAGGCCCCCGAAGGCACAGAGCACUUCAUUGACUUCGUGGAAGGUGGCAGCGAAGCCGCUAACGAGGACCGAGCUUUCAUUACCGAAGGAAAUCUCAUGGUUCGCGUUGUCGACGAUGACAAGCGCCGUGUGUUCACUAAAGUUCCUUCCACCAUUCGUAUGGAAGGUGAACAGAUGUCCUAUACGGUGUGGCUUUCGAUGCCACCCUCACCGGGGACGAAUGUGACAGUGAAAAUGGAGUCAGCGCUGGGAAGUCGGUCGGUGGUCCUGGACCCUGAAGUGCUGGUCUUCACGCGUGACGACUGGCAAACGCCUAGAAAUGUGUCCGUGAACACCGAAGACGACAACAUAGCUCUACCACCGGAGAAGAACAGAAAGACGCUAACAUGGAACCAGAUCGAAGUGAUACAGAUUGCCCAGACGGUGAUGAGCGAUGAUAACUUCGUCAUGGCUUCCACAAGCAUCGGAAUCGCUGUUCGCGACAAUGACAGAGCUGGAUUCGAGUUCGAAGAUACGGCUGUGGUGCCAGAGGGCUCUGCAGCUUCAGCAUCAUUUCGGCUUCGCUCGCAGCCUGUUGGCCCUGUGACGAUUCGGGUUCAGUGCGAUGGGGCUCACAUAAGAGCCGACUUCGAAGACCACGAAUCGCUGUUGAUUCAGCCCUUGGACUGGAAUACCACUCAGUCUGUCACCCUGCACGCUGACUUUUCGGAAGCGACUCUUGGUCCUGAGUACAAGGCGUUCUGUAAAGUCAUCGCAGAAUCCGCCGACGAAAAUUACAACUCAGUGUCAUGGGAAGAGAACAACAAAGAGUUACCCGUCUACGGCUUUACCGUGGUCAUCUACCGCCCCGGUCUCACCAGCGGCGACAAAAUGACGGCCACCGUCUGCCCGGUUGGCCAAAGCCUGCAGAAAUCUACCGUUGGAGAUGUCGAUAAGUGGGAAUGUCGGCCGUGCCCUCGGGGCCAUCGGUGUCCACAUCCGCUGCUCAAACCGGAGAAGUGCGGAGAUGGCAAACAUCCGAUGUCUCGCAAUGGUUGUCCUGAUCUCUGCCCAGCGGGGGAGGUCAUCUGCGGAAUGCAUAUACCGCAUAGAGACCACUGGACGUUCGAGGCCUGUGAUCCUGGCUACUUCUUCUAUCCCAAACUUGGUGGAUCUUACUGUCUCCCCUGCCCGGCGGGAAACUACUGCCCGAAGUUGUUCGUCAUGCCCACACCAUGCCCUCGGGGCACAUACUGUCCACAGCAAUCCAUACAGCCCAAACCGUGUACAGCUGGGUUCUACUGCGCAAGGCCCUGGCUUCCACCGGAGCCUUGUCCGUAUGGCAUGAUGAGUGGCCCAGGAGCUGACCGCUGUACGCCUUGUCCCGAAGGUUACAGCUGCCCGGAUGCACCUUUGAUGCGCACUCAAAAAUGCCCAGACAAGACGCGAUCAUUCCUUAGAAACCCGAAGUGCCUCAGGUGUGAUGACAGAGGAGAUACGUACUGCUCACACAGCGCACAUGUGAACAUCUGCUAUUCGCCGGAGGAGAUCCCGGACCCUGAUCGUUCACGUUGUAUUCCUUGCCCUGCCGGUCACGAGUGCAUUCUAGGCAAAGCCGUACCUUGCCCAGCCGGAUUCUACGCGGAAGAAGCAGGGGGCAUCUGCCGCCCUUGUGAGGCGGGGCACCUCUGUGCCGAGCGGGAGCCUGGUCCGAAUACCGGUCGAUACGUGAACGGACCGUUUUACAAAGAACCCGGCGUGAUCGAAGUCAAGGUUUGCCCUCCUGGAACGUUCUCCUGGGGCAUCGCGUUCACCUCUCAUGACGGCUGCCAGCCUUGCGGUGCAGGGGUGUACUGUCCCUACAAUACCAACGAGCUCCCGACAAUAUGUGCAGCAAAUGAAUAUUGCCCAGAAGGCACUUUGAGGCCCCUCAAGUCGCCUCCUUUGACAGAAGGCUACACGCUGUCUAACGGGGACAGGACAACCGGUUUGGCGCACUUCGGAGCCUUUCGAUAUUGCAAAUUCGGCCAAACAAACCUGUCACUAGGCGGCACCUGCACGCAGUGCCCCCGUGGGCAAAUCUGUCGGAUUGGAUCGGCCCCGAUCAACUGUCCACCUGGAACUUAUGCACCUGGAGGCCCGGGAGCCACAGAGCCGUGCAAACCUUGUCCUGAGGGGAAAAUAUGCCAUCUUGCGGGAAUGGAGCAUCCUGUCACGUGCCCUGCUGGCACUCGACAUUUUAACGCUGAUCCAAGUGGCACCGAGCCUGCAGAAUAUCCACAAGACCGUCAGGAGAAUGUUGUCUACCAAGGCCCUAAUACGAUGGCGAGCAGCCUCAUGGCCUGCACCAAAUGCGCUGCUGGAACGUAUUGCCAAGGCGGUGGUGCGACGUCCCAGAAGUGCCCCGACCGGCAUUUCUGUCCAGAAGGUACCGAAACUCCAGUCCACUGUCCUCCAGGAACGACGACAAAAGCAGGCGUUGGAGCAAAGGGCGAAUCGGACUGCACUCCUUGCCCGCCAGGAUUCGCGUGCAACUCAGGAAAAGAGGAACAAUGCGAGGCCGGCUACUACUGUCCAGAAGGGACGAGGUACAAACACGAAUUUCCGUGCCCCGGCGGGACAUAUUCCGGCCAAGGGAAGGCGAAAUGCACAAGCUGUCCAGCAGGGAGAUAUUGCCCUCCGGCAAGUACGACGCCCAAGAACUGUCCCGCAGGAUACUACUGCCUGGCGGGGUCCGACAAUCCGUGGAAUACUCCGUGCCCUGUGAACACGUUUUCAGCGAGGCCGAAUCUGACCAGAGAGCAAGAGUGCUUGAAGUGCAGAAAAAAUGAAUACUGUCCUGUGGCGACAGUAGAUCCCCUCCCGUGCCCGCAAGAAAAACUGGACCCAGCUCUUGGAAUCGAGUGCUCCCUGGUUGCCUUGAAGCGUUGCCAAGUCGGCGAGUACUUGGGGAGUAGUUCGUGUCUCGCUUGUAAACCGGGUUACUAUUGCGGCUCCGCCGGAAUGUCUGAAGAAGACAUGCUCGACCACCCGUGCCCGGCUGGUUAUACUUGCCCAACACCAGGUCUAAGUAGCGGGACCGCGACUAAAUGCCCCGCAGGCUCCUACUGCUUGACGGGGACGUCUGAUGCUCAGGGGAUUCUUUGUCGUCCCGGAACCUACAACGAUGAAUUGGGCGCGGCGAGCGCAGAGGAGUGCCAACCUUUGCCAGCAGGGGUUUACUCCGGAGGCGGAGCAAAGACCGCUGCAGGAGACGGGAAGUGUGAUGCGGGGUACUACUGUCCUGAGGGUUCUACAGUGCCCCACGCUGUUCCCUGCCCGAGAGGGACGUAUCUCAACCAGCCAGGGGGACAACGGGAAGAAGAUUGCUUGCCUUGUGCUCCGGGCACCUACUGCGACACCGUCGCGGAAACACAGCCCCUGUCCUGCCCUGCUGGACACUAUUGUCUAGGCGGAACACAUUUGCCCGUACCGUGCCCCGUUGGCACUUUCAGAACGGAUCCCGAUGGGGAUUCUUUGGAAGCGUGCACAGCGUGCCCAGCGGGAAAGUAUUGCCCUCUGCUUGGUGCCGUAGAAGAAGCAGGAGAUUGCGAGGCGGGCUAUUUGUGCAUCAGAGGUGCUACAGUCUCCACACCGACGGACGGUGUCACUGGCAGUCUGUGCCCUCUGGGAUACUAUUGCGGAUCUGGAGCACAACAGCCAGAGAGCUGCCCCCAAGGAGCGUAUAUUCCCUUUGCGGGGUCGACGAGCCAGGACGACUGCAUCAGCUGCAAGCCAGGAUUCUACUGUGACGGAUCAGAUAAAGCGAAUCCCUUGAAGCCUUGCUCUGCUGGAUCCUAUUGUACUGGCGGUGCGAGGACGGGGACUCAACACCCAGUGCCCGAAGGGCAUUACUCUCCAGCCGGGAGCUCUGGUCCCGUGGCGUGCCUUCCCGGCACAUUCCAAAAUGAACGGAGUCAAGCACAGUGCAAACCGUGUACUGAGGGCUACUACUGCCCGGAGCUGGGUAUGUCACAACCCACAGAAUGCGGCGCCGGCAGAUACUGCCCUGCAGGUUCAUCAGCACCGUUACUCUGUCCUCCUGGGACAUUCUCUUCGGCUGCAACGGCAUCAGUCGUUUCGGAAUGUGCUGCGUGCACUGCUGGCCACUACUGCUCGGGACCGGGCGCCUCCGUGGAAACUGGGAAGUGCGCGCCGGGGUAUUUCUGCAAAUCCGGAAGUCGAUCACCUACUCCAGAGGAUGUAACGGAAAAUUUCGGUCCGUGUCCGGCAGGGACAUAUUGUGACGUCGGAACGCACACACCUACCCCAUGUAAUGCUGGUACCUAUGGGCCUUCCCCACGAGCCGUUGACGAGAAAGCUUGCGUCCCUUGCGACGCCGGAUCGUUCUGCGACCAACCAGGCCUGACGAAGCCGGUGGGGCCGUGCGGUGAAGGCUACUACUGCGAAGCCGGAAGCGACAGUGCGACGCCUACAGGAAAGGAAUGCCCUCCCGGCAAAAAGUGCCCCGGUGGUUCGCCGGCCCCCAGCCCUUGCCAGCCUGGGACUUACCAGAGUCAACAAGGGCAAAGCACGUGCGUGGAAUGCUCAGCUGGGAGUUACUGCGGAGUGGCUGCGACUGGCGAGACGCCUUGUCCGGCCGGCUCCUUUUGCCCCCCCGGCACAAAACACGGCCAGGAAAACUUGUGCCCUCCUGGCACCUUCAGAGCUAACACAGGCGCCACGUCUCUGUCCGAUUGCACACCAUGCGGAGAAGGCGAUUUUUGCGGGGAUUUUGGUCUCACGCAAGCAUCAGGCAAAUGCAAGGCAGGGUUCUACUGCAAACAGUACAAUAUAGUUAGCCAACCACUAACCAGCGACUGCUACUUUGCAGCUCCUGUCAGGGGGGGCCAGACGACAACCUGUCACAACACGAUUCCCGCGGGGUUCACAAGCAAGGUGGACGCAUUUGAGGCGUGCUCUGCUUCUGAAGACUGUGAAGGGGUCGUGAAAACAGUCGACGGAAGAUUCCACCUACGAUGCGGCGUAUACACAGCUGCGGGAGAGUAUCGAGAUACCAUCUUUUACUGGCGCAUUUGUUGGGAGGGAGGACGGUGUGGCCCUGGAGAGCUCUGCGCUGCAGGUGCAUCCGAGCCUGUGGCUUGUCCAGUGGGGCAUUAUUGCCAAGCGACAGCAGCCAGCCAAGAGCAGGGACCUUGCCCUGCGGGGUAUCUCUGCCCUGACGGGUCUCUGAACACCAUGGAAGCGGCAAGUCUCUGCCCGAAGGGCCACUUCUGCGUUAACGGGAUAGCGGAAGCAUGCCCAGAAGGAAAGUACUUGCCAGCAAGAGGCGGGAGAUCGGAGAAAGAAUGCCUAGACUGCCCAGCCGGUUUCUAUUGCAGUGGGACAGGCAAAGAGGAACCGACAGGAACCUGUGAUCCAGGUUACUUUUGUGCGAAGGGAGCAAACUCCGCUCAACACGCUGCAUGCCCUGGAGGCCACUACUGCCCUCGGGGAGCAGUGGAAGCUAUUCCCUGCCCAGCUGGUACUGUGCAGCCUGAUUCAGGGCAGGAGUCCUGUCUUCCAUGCAGCACAGGCAACUACUGUGAAUUUGGCGCCAUGGAAGGAAAACCUUGUCCGGCAGGGUAUUACUGCCCGUCUGCGUCCGGAACGGGUACAUCUUUCCCUUGUCCAAUUGGAACUUUUUCAGCUCAGGAAGGGGUUACCAGUGCAGACACCUGUACCAAGUGCUUGGCCGGCCAUUUCUGCGAUGUUCCAGGCCUAACAAAGCCUGUCGGAAAAUGCCUUCCAGGGUAUUACUGCCCUGUAGGGACGGGUCUCCGAUAUCCCAAGACAUUUUGUCCCCCUGGGUCCUAUUGCCCGAGAGGGUCUUCCCAACCCACCGAUUGCCCAGCAAACUACUACUGUGACACUUCCCGACUGUCGGAGCCCACGGCCGCAUGUUCACCGGGGUUCAUUUGCGGCGCCCGAUCUACUACGCCGACUCCAACGCAAGCGAUCAGCGGCAGUGCCUGCUCCGAGAAUCUACAAGGCUACAAGUGUCCAGCAGGUUACUACUGUCCACCAGUCUUGACUCGCCUCGUGGCGGGUGUCGGUUACCCCGGCAAAUCGGCAGAAGGAGUAGAUGCGAGCAAGGCCUUCUUAAAUGGUCCCCAAGAUGCUGUACGUACCAGCAACGGCGACAUCUUCAUUGCUGACACAGGGAACCAACGAGUUGCACGACUCGAUGCCGUCACGGGGGAAGUAACAACCUACAUAGGCCAGGGAUUGCGUCAAGGAGAUUCGAGCUGGAUUCUAACUGCUAAACCAACAAGACUUGCACUGUCGCCCAACCAAGAAACGUUGUACAUAUUAUAUUCCGAUGUUGCAAGGGUGGUCCAACAUACGCUCUCGAACGCCAAGACGACGGAGGUCGUAGACGCUAGGGGCUGCAGUUCCCCUCAGGGGUUUGCUGUGGAUCCUACUGGGUCUGCCUUAUACGUUGCUGACACGGGGAAUAAUCGGAUCAGGAAAGUCCCGGUGGCCCCGCCAAGCAGAGCAACAGAUCUCUUCGGUCAGGCCCAGACAGACACCGCCGACAACCCACCCGAUCAGGGGCCGAAGCUGGACAGGCCUUCAGCCGUCUGGGUUAGUUCGAAUGGCGUCGUUUAUAUCGCAGACGCAGGAAACGGAAGGAUUCGAAGGUUUCAGCAAGCUGCCGGACCGCAGAGUGGUGCACAGCUGACGACAAUCGUUGGAGGGCCCGUGGCGGGCGUCAAACUGGAAUCUCCUGUUGCCGUCACAGGCUUUGAAGCUGGUGGAAAAGUGUUCCUCGUCGCCUACGACGCUGGCGUUCAAAUGGUCUUGAAGAUUGACACUUCCGAGUCCACGCCAACGAAGGUGGAUUUGUUUGACGCCUCGCGUGCUGGAAAUGGUCACGUUGACUCCCAAAUCCAAUCACGAUUCGGCAGCGUGCAAAUGGAAACACCCACAGGAGACACUGUAGCUGUACUUUUUGGUGAUCCAGAACGUCACCGCAUUCGUCGUAUAUUCCUCAACCCCGACUACGAAGAGCCCGUCGGCAAGAAGGUUCCCUGCCCCGCAGGGACCUACCUGGACUACGAUGGCGCCUAUGCCGAAAGCCACUGCAAGGAGUGCCCCGCCGGGAAAUAUUGCCGGGGGACAGGACUGACGCAACCAACUGGUGACUGCGCUGGCGGGUUUACUUGCGAUGCGAGGUCGGAGCAGCCUGAAGGAACACCUUGCCCGGUCGGCCACUUUUGUCCUGCUUCGUCGGGUGCGUCGGCGAGCCGCUGA